AUGAAGUUGUUAACAAUAUUGUUGGCAGGCCUCUGUGCCAGCACCUUCGGAUAUCUAAUAAAGGUGCCAACAACACCUACAAAACCACGAAUAGCGCCUAUAGGAUGGGUAAACAUUCAAAAACUAAUGCUUCCAUUAUUUGAUAACAUCUGUGAAGACAGCUCAGAUCCAACCAUUGUAAAACUGAGCAUUGAAUUUGCAUUCGACUCUGCUGACUUUUUGGAAACGGAAGUGAUAGAAAAACUACAAAGUUUUAAAUCUAGCAAAGGCCUAUUAGCGAAAGGAGAAAUUUUUAGUGAGACAAUUGAUGAACAUUUCAACGAAUUCCGCCUAGUUUAUAAUGUUCUAUAUAACGCUAAAGAUUUUGAUAUAUUCUACAAAGUUGCAUGUUGGGCUCGUCAAAAUGUUAACUGUGGAAUAUUUACUAACGCUAUAUACCUCGCAAUUAUGACCCGAAAGGAUACAGAAAAACUGUCCAUUCCUGCGCCAUACGAAUUGAUUCCUAAUUAUUUCGUUCGCAAAGAUUAUAUUAUACAAGCUGCGUCUCUUAUUUCUGAAAAGGACAUUUUUUUGAGCGAUAACAUACGCGAAGAUGGGAACACUUUUAUUGUUGAUGCAAAUUAUACGGACUAUGAGAGUAGCGAGGAGGCAGUGUUGUCAUACUUCCAUGAAGAUGUCGGUUUAAACUCAUACUUUUAUCUAACAACGUUAAAGAAUUUGCCGUGGAUAGACACGGAAUUCCAGCGGAACGUACGAUAUGGUGAAUACAUAUAUCAUUUUAUGAAGCAACUCAUUAUAAGAUAUGAUUUAGAAAGAUAUUCUAAUGACUUAUAUGAAACUGAUGGUAUAAAUUGGGAUGACAUGGAAGUCACCCGUUAUGAUCCUAUGAUUAUGUAUUCAAACGGCAACGAUUUUACCUCUAGACAGGGAAUUUGUAGUCAGGAUGUAAUAUCAUCAUUGAAGGAUAUAGAAAACAACAUUGCUACUACUGUGACGCACUUGAGAGAUGGUGGCUUUAAUAAAGCGGCAAUUUUAAGACAUGUAAUGGAUAUAAUGCUUUUUAAUGACAACAGUUAUAUUAAUUUAGCUAUUAAAGCUAUGACGGACGAUAUUUCAACUAAAAGUUCCCUAUCGGCUCUCAGUCACAGCAUGACUAAGUUACGUGAUCCUAUAUUCUGGAGAAUUAUUAAGAAGAUGGUUGAAAAUGUCAGCAAUUCUUUGAAAGUACUACCGGGGUACACAAAGAAUCAACUAUAUUUCCCUGGGGUACAAAUUAUGAAUGUUGAUGUUAAAAAAGUAAUGACAUCAUUUGAUCCGUAUGUGUUUGAUGUAACGGAUGCAAUGAAAUAUGGCGAUCAGGAUCCAAACUUCCAAAUAAAAAUAAAUCAAGGAAGACUUAAUCACAAGCCAUUUGCAAUAAAAGUUAAUGUAUCAUCGAUGGUGGUUCAAAAAGGGAUAAUGAAGCUGUACUUAGGCCCAAAAGUAACCCUGGGUGAAAUUCGAGAAAACAAGAAUCUAUUUAUGUUAUUAGAUAGCUUUGAAAUAAAUCUUAAAAGGGGUAGUAAUUUGAUUACCAGAACUUCUGACGAAAUUAAUAACAUAUCUGACGAUUUUGUGCCUCUACGUACAGUGCGUAAGAAUGUAAUAGAUUCAGAAUUUGGAGUUGAUGCAUUGCCUCUGAAUUCGGUUAGAUCACAAAUUGGUUUUCCGUCGCGACUAAUUUUACCUAAAGGAAGCAGUGACGGCUUACCUUUUCAAUUAUUUGCUUUUGUUGCUCCGUAUAUUAAAGCAAUUCCAGGUGGAUCCAAAGCAAAUAUUCAGUUAAACUACGAUGCAAUAUUUUCACCGGGAUAUCCAUUUGAUUUAGAUAUUGACAUCCAAGAAUUGUUUAAUUUACCCAAUACUUUAUUAAAAGAUAUAACAAUUACUCACAAGACCGAAAGUAAACCUGGCACCUAUGGCAGUGGAUAUAACCGUGAAAAGAAAUGGGAUGUGGUUGAUGACAAUAUAAUGGAUUAUGAUAUCCCGAGUGAUCCUUUAGCUUUAGGAACGCGUCCAGAGUUUACCAAAAAAAAAGAUGCUUUUGAUUACAAAUCACGUAAAGGUCAGUACGGUAAAAAAGAUAAGUACACAAUUGAUAAAACUGAUCCGAUUACAAAGAUUCCCGACGAAACCGUUGAAUUCAGAAAAGAUAUAGAAUUCAACAAAGUGUACACCAAAAAUGAAGAAAACAGUGACAAUAUUCAAUACAAGGUAAUAUCUAAAAAAGAUGAAAAUAUGGCAAUUGAUAAAAUAAUAACAAAAGAUGUUAAGACUGAAGACAAAGAAGGAACUUCAAUAGAUACUACGGAAUUGGAUAAAACAAUAGACGACAUUGUAAAUGACUUAAAGGUGGAACCAAUUUAUUUACUAUCGUCACCCAGGAGGCGUUACCCCACGAUAUUUAAUAUUAUUUUGAAACCACCUUAUAAAGAAACCGAAUCUGACGAAAGAGUGUACGAAUAA